AGCGCACCUUAAGAACAAAAAUGCCACAUGGUCGGACAUAUCGUGGAAUCAGCGUGUUACUGGGUUUAAAUACAUCAACCACAAAGGGUCGUUACUCGCAGCGACGCGAUUUACUCCUGUUGGUCUGCCUGGCGUAUUUAUUCAGCGGAAGCCACGCAAUAGCAAGAAUGCAAAGAAUGAAUAGAACGAGUGUUUAUAACUAACUUGAUAAUAACCGCGGUUGACAUUCAUGAACCAGAAAACGAAUAGGAAAUUAUCGUAUUUCGUUAGAAAUGAAGUUUUUGUUUGUUCUAUUGUCACUUGCGUUGUUGAUACUGGUAACGGGUGAAGUUUCUCAACUUUCAUCUGAAAAUGAAGGAGCCGUGGUGAGAGGUCAUGGCCGUAAUUUAAGAACAGUAAAGUACGGUGUCAGCAAAAGAAGACGACGUCCUGUAACAACAACAUCAUCUAGUGAAGAAACGAAAGAUAGCGAUUCUUCUGUCGCAGAAACAGAAGAGAAAGAAAAAGAAUUGACCAAAGAAACUGAACUUGUCUCAGAGAGUAAAAAGAAGGAAGAGGAAGAGGAGUCUGACGAUGAGGAGAAGGUUGUAAAGAAAGAAGUGAAAAAGGAAGAGAAGGAGGAAGAGGAAGAGGAGGAAGAGGAAGCUCCUAAGAAGAAAGAAGUGAAAAAAGCUGAAAAAGAAGAAAAUGAUGAUGAAGAAGAGGAGGAAGAAAAGGUUUCUACUAAGAAAGAAGUAAAGAAGGCUGAGAAAGAGGAAGAAGAGGAGGAGGAAGAAGAGGAGGAGAGUCCUAAGAAGAAAGAAACCAAGAAGGCUGAGAAAGAGGAAGAAGAGGAGGAAGAAGUUCCUAAGAAGAAGGAGGAGAAAAAGGAGGAGGAGGAAGAAGAAGAGGAAAAGACUCCUAAGAAAGAAGUGAAGAAGGCCGAGAAGAAGGAAGAAGAAGAAGAAGAAGAGGAAGAAGCUCCUAAGAAAAAAGAAGUGAAGAAGGCUGAGAAGAAAGAAAUUAAGAAGGAAGAAGAAGAAGAAGAAGAAGAAGAAGAAGAAGAAGAAGAAGCUCCUAAGAAGAAAGCUGAGAAGGAAGAAGAAGAAGAAGAAGAAGAAGAGAAGGUUCCUACUAAGAAGGAGACAAAGAAAGAAGAAGAGGAAGAAGAGGAAGAGGAAGCUUCUAAGAAAGAAGUGAAGAAAGCUGAGAAGAAGGAAGAAGAGGACGAGGAAGAAGAAGAAGAUAAAACUACAACGAAGGAGGAAGUAAAGAAGGUCGCUGAGAAGGAAGAAGAGGAAGAGGAAGCUCCCAAAAAGGAGGCAAAGAAGGUUGAGAAGGAAGAGGAGGAGGAGGAAGAAGAAGAGACCCCUAAGAAGAAGGAAACGAAGAAGGAAGAAGAAGAGGAGGAAGAGGAAGAAGAGAAAACUACAAAGAAAGAAACGAAGAAGGAAGAGGAGGAGGAGGAAGAGGAAGAAGCCCCCAAGAAGAAGGAAACCAAAAAGGAAGAGGAGGAAGAGGAGGAAGAAGAGGAAGAAGAGAAAACUUCUUCUAAAAAGGAAACUAAGAAGGAGGAGGAGGAUGAGAAAAAGGAGGAAGAAGAAGAAGAGGAGACUCCUAAGAAAGAAGUAAAGAAGGCUGAAAAGGAAGAGGAUGAGGAAGAAGAGGAAGAAGCUCCCAAGAAGAAGGAAGUGAAGAAGGCCGAGGAGAAGGAGGAAGAAGAGGAAGAAAAGGAAGAGAAGGUUCCUACUAAGAAGGAGACGAAGAAAGAAGAAGAGGAAGAGGAAGAGGAAGAGGAAGAAGCUCCUAAGAAAGAAGUGAAGAAAGCUGAGAAGGAAGAAGAAGAAGAAGAAGAAGAAGAGAAGGUUCCUACUAAGAAGGCUGAGAAAAAGGAAGAAGAGGAAGAAGAAGAAGAAGAGAAGGAAACCAAGAAGGAAACCAAGAAGGUCGCUGAGAAGGAGGAAGAAGAAGAGGAAGAAAAGGAGGAGAAGGUUCCUACUAAGAAGACUGAAGAGAAAGAAGAAGAAGAAGAAGAAGAGGAAGAGAAGGCUCCGAAGAAGAAAGAGGAAGAAGAAGAAGAGGAAGAAGAGACCGCCACAAAGAAGGCCGAAGAAGACGAAGACGACGACAAAGAAGAAGAAGAAGGUCCUCAGAAGGAAACGAAGAAGACUGAGGACGACGACGAAGAGGAAGACGACGAGAAGAAAUCCACGACUUCAAAGAAAGACGACGACAGCGAAGAGGAAGAAGAAGGAACGAAAGCCCAGACUGACGACGACGAAGCCGACGAUAAGCAAGCCGCAUCGUCCAAGCCCACUUCCACAGCCCCCACCACAUCCGAGAAAUCUUCAGAGAAAUCUUCAGAGAAAUCCUCAGAGAAAUCCUCGACGAAGACGUCCUCUUCGGCCUCCGUGACGAGCUCCACCCGGAAGCAUCGGCUGCGCCAGUCGCACAAGCGCGCUUCGAAGCGCUCGGGAACCAUCGUUCUGAGCAUUCCGCUCAACCUACUCGUCAUUCUUCUCGGCGUUUUGAUCGUCGCCACCAUUAUCUUCAGUGUCAUGUGUCGCAGAGCCCCUCAACCCACUCCGCUCUCCGAGCAAUCCUCUCUUCUCGGCCAUUCUGCCAACCCCUCGCCCGCCGGUUCGGCCCGUGCUGCCGCCUACUCCGACGCUGGCGAGUCCGUCCCGCUCGCCCAGGCCGCGCAGUCGGCAAUGCCCGUCGCGGCCGCGGUGCCGGUGCCAGCAGUGCCGGCAGUGCCGGCAGUGCCGAUCGUGGCGCCGACGAUGGCGGGAGCGGAGGACGCGGAUCUUUUCGAGGAGGACGAGGUGCCGAAGGUGAAGUCCACGCGCCGCUCGCACGCGCGCCGCUCCAAACGCUCGCAGUAGUCCUCCAUUUUUCCCUCAUCCUUUCCUUUCCUUUCCCGUUCUGUUCUGGUGAC